AUGAAUAAGAUAAAGAGCAAGUUACAUCGGGCACAUUCUACCCAGGAGGCGAACAGCCUUUCUGUGAUGCUCCGAGACUCCAUGUAUCUCGCAUGGCCAGCUGCAAGUUUUGCUGAGGACAACUCGAGCGAGGCCAAGAAGAGACUACUCCGUCAAAUGACGGUACAGGCACAUGAUGUAGGUGUCACGGUGACGGUACAGACACAUGAUGUAGGUGUCACAGUGACGUUACAGACACAUGAUGUAGGUGUCACAGUGACGGCACAGACACUUGAUGUGGGUGUCACAGUGACGGUACAGACAUUUGAUGUGGGUGUCACAGUGACGGUACAGACAUAUGAUAUAGGUGUCACAGUGACGGUACAGACAUAUGAUAUAGGUGUCACAGUGACGGUAAAGACAUAUGAUGUGGAUGUAGUGACACGAGUUACUGAUCUAUGUAUCAUGACGGUACAGGCACAUGAUGUAGUUGUCACGGUGACGGUACAGACACAUGACGUAGGUGUCACAGUGACGGUACAGACACAUGAUGUAGGUGUCACAGUGACGGCACAGACACUUGAUGUGGGUGUCACAGUGACGGUACAGACACAUGAUGUAGGUGUCACAGUGACGGUACAGACACAUGAUACUUAUGAUGUAGGUGUCACAGUGAAGGUACAGACACAUGAUGUAGGUGUCACAGUGACGGUACAGACAUGUGAUGUAGGUGUCACAGUGACGGUACAGACACAUGAUGUAGGUGUCACAGUGAGAGUACAGACACAUGAUGCAGGUGUCACAGUGACGUUACAGACACAUGAUGUAGGUGUCACAGUGAGAGUACAGACACAUGAUGCAGGUGUCACAGUGACGUUACAGACACAUGAUGUAGGUGUCACAGUUACGUUACAGACUUAUGAUGUAGGUGUCACAGUGAAG